AGCAGCAGCAGCAGCAGCAGCAGCAAUAGUGACAGCAGAACGACGCAAAGGGAGCGAGGGGAUAUGAGAGGGGGAGAAGGAGUGCGAGUUGUGUUUAUAAAGAUGAAUUCGUUAGACCCUACAGAUCGCAUCAACAAGGUUUGAUAGGGUCUGGUGGGACAGAAAAAGCGAGAUGACACGUGGAUUAGCGCAUCCUGGAGUGAUGUGCGGGAAAGGAGAAGAAGACAGGAGGAGAGCAGGGUGUAGAGGACGAGAGGCAAUACGUUCUACGAGCAAUUGGACUGCAACGCAGCUGCAGUUGCAGUUGCAGUUACAACCACAGAACUACAGUGACAGCUUCAAUUGCCGCUUCCACUGCAACUACAACUACAACUACGGUGGACGUUUCUGCUGUGCCUUGCUGUCUCUCGCUUCCAUUACUUCCGCAUCCGUCUGCUCCACUAUUCCCUUCUAAACUACGUCCUGGAGAUCCUAACUCUCCAGGCUGAGUUGGACAGGUUCAUUUUGGCUUUAUCAGCGACCAAGUGUUGUUAUAUACGGAAUCCAGUAUUUACGGAUUAUCGUUGGACCAUCGCAUCGUUUGUUUUUUUGUCAGUCGCCAAUUCGACGAUCUCUCGUUCAUCAAUGUCGCAGUAAAAAUUCGUCUAGCAAACUCUAAACCUACAGGUGGACCGUAGUACGGGGCAGAGAUCCAUAGCCGAACGCAGACGUAAACCCUAAGACUAACCCCAGAACACUAGACCCAAGACAAACCCUAGGAUAGUCAGACAAACCUAACUAGUAGACCUAAUGCAUCCCCCCAUCCCUCCAUCCCCCA